CCCUAAACUCUACACCGACCGCCCUAUGCAUUUUCUUCCUCUUUUCAAAUUUUCUCAUUUCUUCUUCGUCUUCGUUUCUUCCUUCGUCUUCUCCCCUCCACCGCCGCCAUCCGCUCGAAUAUCUGGUUUUCCUUAUUUUCCAUGCUUUCUGGUCCGGUGCUUCCACUGUAGAUCACAGCCGGAAUGGAGUCUUGACGCCGGAAACCUGUCGGGUGAAAUCGGGAACUGCUUCCCUGCUGAAACACAUCCGCGAAUAGCUGGCCGGAAUCGCGACGGGAAACGGAAGAAGAUGAUAGCUAUAUAUAUGUGCUUCUAAGGGUAGUUUUGUCAUUUCGUGCAUUUCACGUCCGUACAACACAAACCCACCCACUUUUUCCGAUCAACGCUGCGGCGUUGCUCCGCCCCCGCCCGCCCUAAUGCCGUCGUUCCCGCAGCCAGGCUCAGUCACUAUCUGCGAAAUCAACCGCCAGCUUGUCACGGCGGACCAGCUCAGUGACGACCAGGCCAGGGAGACGUACGCCAAAGUUCUGGGAACCAUAUUCAGCCCCGUUUCAUUCGAAUCAGACGGCUUGUUGGGCGGCGAAACGGAGCAGGACGCUGUUCCACGAAGGAACGGCGUUUUCGACAUUUUUUCUGGGGCUCUAAAUUCUCUGUCGAGUGGUUCUCUCGGACUUCUGCUCCAGCCUGCUGAUGUUAAACUACUACAAGAUAUUGAUCUUCGCAGUGUAAGUUGGCACCCCCACAAGCAUAUCUUGGCGUUUGUUUCUGGCUCACAUCAUGUGACAGUUCGUGAUUAUGAGGAUUCCGAUGGAAGGCCUCCUUGCGUCUUGUCUCAUGAGUUUCAAAAAGAUGCGAAGAUUCUUGAGUGGAGACCUAAUGGAGGGAGAACACUUUCUGUCGCAUGCAAGGGCGGGAUUUGCAUGUGGGCAGCAUCUUAUCCGGGCAAUGUUCCUUCUGUGAGGUCUGGUGUUACUUCAAGCUUACCUUUGAGAGGUUCUGCGGCUAGGUGGACUCUGGUGGAUUUCCUUCAAACUUCAAAUUCUGAACAAAUCAGUGCACUUUCAUGGAGUCCUGAUGGAAGAUAUUUGGCAUCAGCUUCAUUCGAGAGUUCAUCUUUUACCAUUUGGGAUGUUUCACAAGGAGUGGGUACUCCCUUUAGAAGGGGUUUAGGAGGCAUAUCAAUGCUGAUGUGGUCCCCGUCAGGAGAUUACUUCUUUGUGGCAAAAUUUGAUGGGACAUUUUAUCUCUGGGAGACAAACACAUGGACUUCGGAACCCUGGUCCUCAAAAAAUGGAUUUGUCACGGGAGCAACAUGGGAUCCUGAUGGCCGCAUGAUACUCCUUUCCUUUUCUGAAUCAUCAACAUUGGGCUCUAUUCACUUUGCAUCAAAACCUCCUUCACUAGAUGCACACCUUAUACCCGUUGAGUUGCCAGAGAUAAAAUCCUUGACUGACAGUCAUCGUAUUGAGAAGAUAGCAUGGGAUGCUUCAGGAGAGAGGUUGGCUGUAUCAUACCGAGAUGGUGAUGAGAUAUACAAAGGUCUCAUUGCCAUAUACGAUGUUAAAAGAACUCCGUUAAUUUCAACAUCGUUGAUAGGAUUCAUCCGAGGCCCGGGGGACAACCCAAAGCCGAUAGCAUUCUCAUUCUACAACAAAUUUAAACAAGGGCCAUUACUUUCUGUGUGUUGGAGCAGUGGUUUUUGCUGCACGUACCCUCUUAUAUUUCGUUAACCCGGCUCGCGGCUCGCUGCAAGUUUUCAAGGAAAGGCUCCACUCGAUUUUGCUCGUUGGUAAUCUGCUGUUACAUCCAUUUGUAAAAUUUUUCUAUCUAGAGUAACUUUGGGGUUGAAGCUGUCUUUCUAGACCAACUAUCAAUUUGGCUAGGCUCGCUCGACUCGGUUAGGACUAAUGAAUUUUGGUGAUAAUUCAGAAGCAUGAUGUCCAAUUCCAUGGUGUGUGAAGACAUUUCUUUUAGUAUUUGUUAUGUGACAUUAUUACAAAAGAGGUUUAACAUUUUAUUGUGUUUUCAGUAUAUAUCAUACAAAUACAUGAUGCAUGUGUGGGUGUAUAUAUAUAUAUAUAUAUAUCAAUGAUCAUCGAUCUUCUUGCUUUAAAAUUUA